AUGGCGCAAGAUCUCAAAGCCAGGGGCAAUGAGCUCUUCAAAUCCGGGGACUACAGCGGUGCUGAAGACUUCUACUCUCAAGCAAUCCAAAAGAAUCCGAAAGAUGCAACCUUCUUCACAAACCGCGCGAUAACCCGAAUCAAGCUGGCCAAAUGGGCCGACGUCGAACAUGACGCCCGCGCCGCAAUCGAAAUCUACGGCCUAAAAAACCCCGCCGCCCUAAAAAGCCACUACUACCUCGCCCAAGCCCUCCUAGGCCUCCAGCGCCCACAGGAAGCACACGACGUCGCGUCUGACGCGUACCAGCAGAGUCUCGCAGCGAAGAAUGCCCAGACGGAGAACCUGUCGCGGACAGUCCUUCGCGCGAAACAGCAGCUCUGGGCUGCGCGCGAGACGUCUCGCAUACGUGAGCUGAACGAGACUCUCGGUUCUGUGGAGGCGCUCGUUGAGGCUGAUGUGACGCGUGCGCUGGCGGAGUUGCAGGGGAGAUUGGACCGCGGGGAGAUUGGGGAGAUUGGGUUUGGGGAGGAUCAGAAGGCGUUGCGGGAGGAUGCUGAGACUAAGAUUAGGAAUUUGAGGGAGGCAUUUCGAGUUGCAUCUAAGGGUGAAAUACAGGAAAGGGUUGUUCCUGACCAUCUCAUUGAUGGGAUCACAUUUGAGAUCAUGCAUGAUCCGGUUAUUACACCGUCAGGGGCCAGUUUCGAUCGAUUGGGCAUCACUAAGUAUGUUGAGAAGUCGGGCGUUGAUCCUUUGACUCGGGCUCCUAUUAGUGUCCACGAUCUGCGGAACAAUUAUGCUCUCAAGGCUGCUUGUGAGGAAUUCCUCACUAACAAUGGAUGGGCCGUGGACUGGUGA